UAUAUGAUAAUAGCUCGUUUUUUUUUCUUCUUGACAAUGCUUCCAAAUACAUCUUCUUUUCAUUGAAUUGAAGCCUGAACAAUUCUACAUUAUUCUCGUUGAACACGUUUUUGUUUUACCAUUAUCAUCGAUCCUAAUCAAAGUAAUUUUGGAACAAAAUGUCAACAACAACAACAUCAACAUCAUCAUUGUUGAAUAGUGAACAAAUUCUUAAAUUAACAUUCGGUAAUGAUGAACAUGAUCUUGUACGAAGAAUAAAAUCAUCAAAUAUUUUGUUGAUUGGUGCCGGUGGUAUCGGUUGUGAAGUAUUAAAAGGUCUUAUAUUAACCGGAUUUCCACGUAUAACUAUUAUUGAUUUAGAUACUAUUGAUGUUUCAAAUCUAAAUCGACAAUUUCUUUAUAAUAAAACACAUGUUGGUAAAUCAAAAGCUGUUGUUGCAGCUGAAAUUGCUAUUGAAAAAUUUUCACAUCAUAAUCCAUCGACGGGAUCAUCAUUAUCGAAAAUAAUACCGAUUCAUGAUUCAAUAUUAAAUCUUAAAUAUGACAAACAAUUUUAUCAACAAUUUACAUUUGUUAUUAAUGCAUUGGAUAAUAAUGCUACACGUGUGCAUGUUAAUCGUUUAUGUUUAGCAGCAAAUCGACCAUUAAUUGAAUCCGGUUCAGCCGGUUAUUUUGGUAAUGUAACACUGAUUAAAGGUGGUGUAACAAAAUGUUUUGAAUGUAUACCACCGAAACGUGAUGAAAAUACAUAUGCAUCAUGUACAAUUCGUAAUACACCAUCAUUACCGAUUCAUUGUAUUGUAUGGGCUAAACAUUUAUUUGCACAAUUAUUUGGACAAAGUGAUGAAGAUAUUAGUCCAGAUGCAACAGUUUUAACCAACGAUAAUAAUAAUGAUAAUGAAAGUAUUAAUAGUAAUAAUCAUAAUAAUCAACAAUCAACAUCAAAUAUUAAUCAAACAACAAGACAAUAUGUUGAAUCAAUUGAUUAUAAUCCAAAAUAUUUGUUUGAUAAAAUUUUUUAUCAUGAUAUUAAUUAUUUAAAAAAAAUUAAAAAUUUAUGGGAAAAUCGUAAAAAUCGUCAUGAACCACAAGUAUUAUCAUAUGAUCAGAUUAUUAAUGGUGAAAUUGGUUUUAAUGAUGAUCAACAAUUGAAUAAAGAAACUACUAAUGGUAAUGGUGGUCAAACAUCAUCAUCGAAAAUUAUUGCUGACCAACGUUUAUGGACAAUAAAUGAAUGUUUAGAUAUAUUCAUUGAAAGUCUUUCGAAAUUAAACGAUCGACUUAAACAAGAUGGUUGUCUUGAAUGGGAUAAAGAUGAUGAUAUUGCUGUUGAUUUUGUUACGGCUGUUUCAAAUUUUCGUUGUUAUUGUUUUUAUAUAGCAAGAAAAUCUAAAUUUGAAGUAAAAUCAUUAGCCGGUAAUAUAAUACCAGCUAUAUCGACAACAAAUGCAAUUGUUGGUGGUGGUUAUGUUUUACUUGAAUCAAUUCGUUUAUUACAAUCAUUAUUACCGAAAAGAAUUUUUCAAACCGAAGAAAAUGAUUGGAAACCCAGUGAUUUGGAAUUAGCUGAAGAAUCUAAUCGUAUAAUGGAAAAUGGUUUUUCUGUAUUUAUUUCGAAUAAAAAUCAAACAAAUUUAAGUAAAAUUGCUAUUGAAAAAUUAUUGCCACCAAUUUCCAAUUGUUUAGCAUGUUCUGGACAGGUGAAAGAAAUAAUUGUCGAAUUACCAUUCAAUAAAAUUACAUUAGCCGAUUUAAUUGAACAAUUAGUAAUGAAAAAAUUUAAAACCGUUGCACCAGAUAUUAAUUGUUAUGAUUUAAAAAAAAUGAUUUUUGCUGCCGAUGAUGAAGAUGAUUUAAAAGAACCGGAUUCAUUUUAUCAUACAAAAACAUUAGAAUCAUUGGAAUAUUUUUAUGAUAAUAUUUGUUUAAAUAUAAAAGAUUUGGAACAAGAUUUUGAAGUAAAUUUACGUUUAAAAAAUAUACAAUUUACAAUCGAUGAUGAAGAACAAUUAAAUGGUGAUUUAUUUCGAAUAUUAAUGGAUGAAAAUGAAUUGAAUAAAAUUCAUUAUGAACAACAACAACAACAAAAUAAAAAGAUUCGUUUAUCAGAUGAACAAAAUGGUCAAAAUGAUGAUAUUGAAACAAUUAUCGAUGAUAAUAAUGAUGAAAUGAAUCGAAUAUCAAAAUUAAAACGAAAAACAAUCGAAUCAUCAUCAUCAUCAUCAUCGAUAGAAGGACAACAAAAAAUGGCAGCUAUCGAUCUAAUCGAUGAU